AUGAUCGCUUCGUUCUUCUCGAGAAGACCCGACCGUCGAUCUUCCGCUAUCUCUUCGAGUCGCACGCCUCGGCUCCUUCUCAGCUGCAAAUGCGUGCUCGUUGUGGUGGUCCUCCUGGGCGUAUUGACGAAACCAAGCACGUCUCAAUUCGGGAACAUCUUCGAACAAUUCUUCCAGCAAGAAGACGCCGACGAUCGCCAUUCGGGCCAUCCCGGACAUUCGGGCCAAGGCUCGCCCGACAAGUUCAAGAUCAUCCGCGAUCAGAGUCGCUGUUCAGACUACUUAUGUCCCUCAACUUUCGACUGUGUGUCUUCGCCAAGCGAUUGUCCUUGUCCGUUCGUCGAAGAUAUCAAAUGCCCCAUCUCUCUUCCUACUCCCACCGCCAAAAAAUUUCAAGACUCUUUUGUUUGUAUCAGAGCUCCUGGCUGUUCGAGUGUCCAAAAAGCACUCAUGUUUGGAUCCUAA